UAUUGUAACGGAAGUGGACUAGCUGGUUAACUCUAUGGUACCUCCGCCCUCCCAGGCAUGAAUCCGGAAGUAACCUUCCGGUCCUGACCCCAUUCAAACGACUGCUUUCGUGCUGAUUCCUGGUACUACUUCCUCUGCGAUCGUUUUCUACCAGCCUUCUCUUGCUUUGGGAGUAGUAGUUCCAGAAGUCAGAAAUGUAUAUGCAGGUAGAGACCCGAACUGGAUCCUUUCUCCAUCUGAAGAGAUCUCCUGGUAUCCGAUCCUGGUCUCUUCUUGUAGGGAUCUUGUCUAUUGGCUUGGCAGCUGCAUACUACAGUGGAGAUAAUCUAGGCUGGAAAUUCUUCUAUGUCACAGGGUGUCUGUUUGUGGCGGUACAGAACUUAGAGGACUGGGAGGAAGCCUUGUUUGAUAAGAAUACUGGGAAAGUGAUCUUGAAAACAUUCAACCUCUACAGGAAAAUACUGACGGUUUCUAGAGCAUGCCAUGAACAAGUGGUGGUUGGACUGAAAGAUAUUCAGGAUGUGAAUGUCAUAGAGGAGAAAGUUCGAUAUUUUGGGAAGGGCUAUACAGUGAUACUUCGGUUUGCAACGGGUUUUUCCCAUCCCCUUACCCAGAGUGCAGUGAUGGGUCACCGGAGUGACGUGGAAAUAAUUGCCAAGCUUAUCACCAACUUUCUGGAGCUGCACCAGCCGGAGAGUCUCAAAGACUUGUCCCAGAGCAGUGACACGGAGGCCAGUGAUGUGGAUGAACCCAGGCACCAGGACUAAGUUUGACAGAGUGGUCUGAGCCACAAGUCAGACUGCCCUAUCUUUCUGCAGCCUUUGAUACUUCCCUCUUUCCUCCCUUCCCCCAGGGCAGUUUGCUUGGCUACAUUUUGUUUUCACUUUGAUUGCUUGCAGAGGGGCCUGCAUUUUAUUUCUGCUUCUUCAAUGAUGUUUCCAGCUCAUCAGAUCUGACCUUAAAUUGUGUGGCAACUUGCUGAGUUUGCCCCUUGAUUCCACUGGGCAAUCUUAGGGCUGAACUUUCUCCUUCUUAUUUGUUGUAUAAAGUCAUAGAACCUAAAGGGACCUUAGAGACUUUCUAAUCCUGUCACUUUACAGAGGAGGAAACUGAAACUGAGAGAGAAAGGGUGAUUUUCCUAAGGUCACACAAUUUAAUAAGUGGAGAAAGCUGGGACAUGAACUACAUCAUAUAUAACUCCAUUGUUCUUUCCAUUAUACCACAUUGCCUUGUGCCAUUCUCUGAGGAUUGGGAGAUUAGGCUGAUAUGUCUACCAAACCAUUGGUCAGCUUUUCUUACAUAGAGUACCAAGAGAGCUCUGAGCAAGAAGACUUGAGAUUUUGUUUCAGAGAUGAGAAGGAUGAAGAGAUACGAAAUGAAGGAAGGACUUGAGGGAGAUAAGAUUGUGGGAGGAAUAUGAAUGUCAACUAUUUGGAGUUACCUAUGCAGAGCAAAAAAUCUUAACCUGGUUCUGUGGAUCCAUGGAUGGAUUUCAUGGGACAUAUGAAUUUAGAUGGGGAAGAAAAAAUUAUAUCUCUAUUUUUAAAAAAACCCUUAUCUGCCAUCAUAGAAUUGAUACUGAAUGUCAGUUCCAUGGCAGACGAGUAUUAAGGGCUAGGCAAUUGGGGUUAAGUGAUUUACUAGGGCAGCACUAGCCAAAAUAUUGGCACAUGUAUGGUCUUUUGGAAGUGAGAUGGGGGUGACUGAGGAUAUUUUUUUGCAUGCCCCUGCCCCUACCCCUACCCUCUGUGCAGCUGACUCUAUGUGCAGCCAUCCAAAGCAAGCACUUCUUCCCUCUGCUCUCUCAGGUAAUUGGGGAUGGUGCCUCACCGACAGCUUGAAUUUGCCUUCUGAGCACUUAAACUCAAAAACCUUCACCAGGGCUGACCUAUGGUCACACCACCAGGAAGUUUCUAAGGCCAAAUUUGAACCCAGGGUCUUCUGUCUCCAGGCCUAGCUCUCUUAUCUACUGAGCCACCACCUUUCUGCCCCUUAUAUCUAUUUUCACUAGCCUCUAACAGAAAUUUAGCAUUUCCUUCAACUAUGAAUUAGAAAAAAAUAUUCAAAUAAUCUUCAUCAUACUGCCAAUGAAGUCAUGACACAAAAAUGGUUAAGAACUGAUUUAGAUGAAUUUGAAUGUACUUGAAAUCAUAUUAUAAAAAUUGUUGCUUCAUUAUGGGACCAAAUGAGGCAGCUGUUGACUGGUUAUUUGCUUCUAUAAAAUUUUAGGGAACUUAGUGGGGCUUGAAUGAAGUGGUUAUGUGGCCAUUGCUAGUUGGAGAUUCUGUUCUUUGUAUACCUUUCUAAUGUUCUGACUCUGGAAAUCAUUAGGAAGCCUACCCUUAUCCUAGAGACCUUAAUGUUUCUCACUGAACUAGGGAACACAACAGUACAAGUGUUUAAAGGGUCUUAUAAAAGGCUAGGAGUUCAUAGAUAACGAAGCCCUGCAAAUGAAUUCUGUAGGCCAGCUGAGAAAUGAGAUCUUUAUACCUCCAGCCCAGGGCCCACUGAGGCUGAAGUGAGAUUUGGGCAGGUAUAUGUAGUAGCAGAGAGUGCCCAACUGUAAAACUAGGAAUGUUUUGGGGACUAUGAAUAGAUUAGAAAGUUUUCCAGAGAUCCAGGAGUGUUUUUGUACUUCAUAGUCUGAAUAACAUCUGCCCUUUUCCAACCAGCUUGUCUUCUAUGGUCUGGAGUGUGCAACACAUGUUUUGUCAGGGGCCUCCUUUUUAGAGCAUCUAGCUUAUUAUAAACAGGCCUCACAAAUGAGUUGUUGUGCAGAAUCCUUCUUGUUAGACAUAUGUGUUGGAAGUAUGUUCAAGAGUUCUUGGGUCUCAUUCUGAGAUCUGGUUUUGCCAACCAUAAAUUCUGAAGUUAGAUUUCAAGUAUCCAUUCUUCAAAGUUUCAGAACUAUAGGGCUUAAGAAAAGAAUUUUUAGCCAAAGAAAAUUAUUUUCCUUUUACUAUCAAUCCAGAGAGACCUCUUCUCAGGUUCUAGAAUUGGUUCCCUGAAUUACCUUUCUUUUCCCUUUCAUAAUUUCUAAUAAGCUAUUUUCGGAAACUUCGGUGUGGCAGAGAACUGUCUGGCUAGUGGCUGGUGGGCCCAGGCCUAGAACUGGAUGAACUGUAUGUAAGCCAUGAGAUUGGCUCUUGGAAAUGGGGCUGGAAAGUUCAAUCUCUGAACUGACUUACACAGACUCGCUGAAACCUGACCUUUUCUUUCUUGCCGUCGUGAGGCCCAUAGCUGUGUUGUCUCUAGCUUGGCUCAGAAGAAUUGGGCCAUCUGUAGCUAAGUUUUUUUCUUCAGAAAAGGGUAUGUGUGUUUCUGUGUCAGGACAGAUUGAUCCAGGACAGGCUAUGUACUAUGUAACAAACUGGCUUCACUGUUUACAUAGCAGCCUAGAUUACCUUUUAACUAAUGAGAUUCUCUCCUUGUUUUUCCCUCUUGGAAAGUAAAGAAGGCUGAAUUUUAGUACAAAUGAAAGCCUACAAAGAUAUGCAUGUAAAGAAAUUUGGUAGAUCUGUUGCCCUUUCAAAUCUUAGCAUCUUCAUAGCCCUGUGACUUAGUGGCAAUCAGUUCCUAGAAAACAGAUAUGGUGAAGAGUUUGGAAGUCAUCAGGCUUCAAGAGAACUCUGAAGACUUGACAGGAUGUUGCUUUAACAUAAUUGUUUUAGUUUACUAUCCACCCCUGCUCCAGUUGUUUCAUUAUUAUUUUAUAUGUGAGUAUUAGAUAUUCAGCUGCUAAGUUGAAACUCCAUUAGGUGGGUAGUCUCACUACCAAUUUCAUUCUGAAUAUCCAUAGUAGGUUUCAUAAUAUGUGGCAGGGAUUAGCCUCUAGGACUGAAGAAAAUGCACUGGGUGCAUUAUUGCAUGUGGGAUGAAGUAUCUACUAUACCCCUGAAGUGAAAGAUGAGUUAUGUGGUUUGAACAUCGUUUGGAUGGAUUCCUAUCUAUCUAUCUAUCUAUCUAUCUAUCUAUCUAUCUAUCUAUCUAUCUAUCUAUCUGUCUGUCUGUCUGUCUGUCUGUCUGUCUGUCUGUCUAUCUAUCUAUCUAUCUAUCUAUCUAUCUAUCUAUCUAUCUAUCUAUCUAUCUAUCUCUAUCUUAUCUUACCUAUCUAUCUACCUACCUACCUACAUAUGUAUACAUAUAUAUUCUAUAUUCGUUUAAAGAGGUCAUUACUUAUUUAAGACUGGACUGUUACAUUCUGUGGCCACAGUGAACCAGCUAUUUUAUAGCUUUUUAUGUUUCCUGAUCAUAAGGUACAUUGAGAGCAUGGAUUUCAGGGCACAAACAAUUACUGGUAAAAUGGCUGAAGUGGAAAUGAAUUGUAAUAGUUGGACAGCGGUUUAUAUUUUACUAGUGAAUCUUGAUGAAUAAGUGAAAUCCAAAAAAAUACUUUGAAAGCUUUUUUUUUUUAGUUUUUUUUAAUUCAUACCAAUUAGCCUUUUUGCCCCAGUACCCAUGUCAAAUGGCUCUUCUCCAUCUGUCUUUAGGCUGCCUUGGUAAUGGACAGUGGGUAGGGUAGAUAAGAGAAAGUUGAAGAGCUUUUUUCACCCAUAAGCUGGAUAAUUAGUUCCUGAACAAUUAAGACUUAUCAAUAACUUCUUCCCUAUGUGAAUUCCUUAUUCAGAUAAAUGCCAUGGGGGUCUGUCAUUAUACAUAUUUUGGUCAAUUGGAUUCUGUCUUUGGCUCUAUGACUUAUUCUUUUAUUGAUUUAUCUACAAAUAUACAGACCUGUGGUGGUUCACCUCUAUCCCAGAAGCUCUCAUGGAACUUUCUUAUUUGUCCAUUGCUAAAAGAUGGUUAUUUUGUGCUUGAUUUACUUUUAGAAUAUAUUUCUUGAAUAAUUAAUUUUUCCCAGAAACUUGAUGUUUCUUAAGGCACGUGGAAAAGUCAUAGGAAUUACCUCACACCUCCUCAGGACCCCCUGCCCUUAGGACACCUCCCUCCCUCUGGAGAGGAUGGAAGAUGGGCUUCUGGGUGUUCUAUCCAUUUCCUCUAUUAUUUAAGGAGGGCACUCAGGGAAUUUUCCUCAUCAUUCCCCACCUGGCUGCUUUCCUGGACUUCAUAAUGUCCAGAAACUUAUUAGCAAGAUGAAAUUAACCCAGCAACUUUCACUUCCUCAGAUAUUUCCCAUCCCAGCUGCAUAAUUUCAUUGUGCUGAGCUAUUCCUUACCUUCUGCUUCAUCUUCUGUUAGAAUGUGAGCUCCUUGAGGGCAGGAACAGUCUUAAGUCUUUCUUUGUAUCCCAAGAGCUUAGCACAAAGCCUGGCGCAUAACAAAUGUGCUUAACAAACACUUAUUAACUCUGUGAAAUAUGCUUUUUAAUCAUAUCAAGGCAUUUGAUGAUUACUGUAAUUAUACUUUCUUAAACUUCAUUAGUUUUCUUUUUCAGUUAAGUAGUGUCUUAUGGCUAUUGAAAAACAAAAGGAUUUAUACUUUUGUGUGUCUAAAGAAAUUUUGUGGAUGAUAGUUAAAACUAAGCUACUGACAAGGUUAUGGAAAAGUUUUAUAUCAUCAGCUGCCCAGGAAUAUUCACCAUUCUUCACUGGGAAAAAAUAUUGAUUAUAUUUAAAAGUACACAACUGCUGACCAGCUAGGCUCUCUUCUGUGUUCUAAAGGAAUUCACCAAAUCAGUGAACCAUUCCUUCUGGAUGUGCCUGAGAAAUCUGGGUUCUUCCCUGUCUGUUUUCAUUUCUCUAAAUUCUUUUACUCAGUUGACUGGGCUUCCAUUCAGACAUCCUAAAAGUCUAGCCUAGGCACUCUUCACCUUAUGUGAUUACCAUUCACAAUUUCUUAAUUUCCCUCUAGUGCCGGUCCUCAGAAACAUUUCCUCCAGAUACUGACCUCAGAGAUCACAUAAUUUCUUGAGUUUUCAGAUACUUUAAAAACAUGUCUAAUGGGGGCAGCUGGGUAGCUCAGUGGAUUGAGAGCCAGGCCUAGAGACGGGAGGUCCUGGGUUCAAAUCUGGCCUCAGACACUUUCCAGCUGUGUGACCCUGGGCAAGUCCCUUAACCCCCAUUGCCUAGCUUUUACCACUCUUCUGCCUUGGAACCAAUACACAAUAUUGAUUCUAAGAUGGAAGGUAAGGGUUUAAAAAAAAAAUCAUGUCGAGUUCAACCUAUAGCAGAACAGGAAUCCUUUCUACAAAACCUCUAGAGAUGUAGUCUUCUGUUUGAAAAUCUAUGGGGGCAAGCAGUCCAAACUUUAGUAAGUAGCCUAUUUCAUUUUUAGACUGCUCUUAUCAGGAAGUUUCCCCUUAUUUUGAGGUGAUAAUCUGCUUCUAUGCAACUUCGACUUAUUGCUUAUAAUUCUUCCUCCUAGGACCAAAAAGAAUGUUAUAUAUGCAACAACCAUUUAAAUAUAGUAUUUGCUGAUAGCUAUCCUGGCCCCUCUUAAAGUAUCUCUAGGUAAAUAUCCCUAGUUCCAUUAAUCUCUGUAUAGUCUAGUUCUUAGACUUCUCAAAUUCUUGGUUACUCGCUUGUGAAGGCAUUGUAGUUUGCCAAUGCCUCAUUUAAAACAGUGGAUGGAACUGAAUACUAAAAUUCCCAGUGGGAUCACCUUAGAGAACAUACACUAAUUCCCCUGCCUCCCUUUUUUUAACGCAUAUCUUCUUAGAAUCAAAACUUUGUAUUCGGUCUCUGGCAGAAGAAUGGUAAGGGCUAGGCAAUGAGGGUUAAAUGACUUGCCCAGGGUCACACAGCCGAGUAAGUAUCUGUGGUCAGAUUUGGAUCUAGGACCAAGUCUUAUUUCCAGGUCUGGUUCUCUAAACAGUGAGCCACCUAGCUGCUCCCUCCCCAUAGCUUUUAAAAUCAGACAAUUAAAGAUUGGCUACAUCUUUAGUGUCAAGAUCAAAUUUUGUAGUUUUUCAAGAGUGAGGUUAAGGAGGUAGUGUCCAGUCAUCUUCCUUUCAUCCUUCCCCAAACCAAGCAUUUCUGUGUAAGGAGACAACCUAACUGGUUUCCCAAGAACUAAGGGUGAAGAGUGAGAACAUCCUUUUGAAAUGUAAAUAUAAAUGUUUAGAGGAGGAGGGUUGUCAUACCUUAAUUACCAAGCCGAUUUUCAGUUAAAUCUAGUCCAGAGAUGUUUUAACAUGGGGCCUUCUGGCCACAAGUUCCAGCAAAGCAAAACUCUUGAAUGCAGCAGAACUGGAUUAAACUAUAAUUGGUAAUGUUUUACAAAAUAAAUAUACAAUUAUCACAUAUGUUAAUUUGUGAUUGUCAAAGUCAAUAUGAACCUGCAGUAAAUUAUCUUAGUUUGGUACCACCAAUCUAGUCCAAUCAGUUGCUGAAUAGGAAUUUCCUAAUAUCCCUGAAAAGUGAUGGUCAUCCAGCUAACCUCUAUUGGAAGACCCCACCAGGUAAUGGGAGACCCUAGCAGGGGUGGCCCAUUCUUUUUCUGGAAAAUUCUCAUUGCUGGGAGGUCUUUCCUUUAGAUUUAGAUAAAAUUCUUCUUUGUAUUUUCUACUCAUUCACUGCUUCUAGCUCUGUGUUGUCCUUCCUCUACUGUCUUCUCAAAGUUCAAUAUCCCGAGUUCCUAUAAUCAUCAUAUGAAACAGGUUUGGCUUCCUCACUAUGCUAAUCACUCUUCUCCAGUAGUAGGUAAGAGUAGAAUAGAUUCCAAAAGAUUCUAGGAGGAAAUUUGAGUGGGAUGGGGCUCCCAAAAUAAAAUUUUAUACAAUUCAUAAUUUUACCUAAGCCACUUAAGCCAAAAAUCUUGACUACUUUAGACUCCUUAAAUAUAGGAUAAAGUUAAACUCCCGGAGGACAAGAUCUUAAAUUCUUUGUAUUCCAUCAGUGAAGAAUAUAGUAGUAUGGAUGGGGAGUGGUUUCUGCACAGUAGUACCGUAAUUGUAAAACUGUUACCAAAGUCACAUGUACCUACCUUGUAUGGGGCUUCAGUAUAAAUGUGGGUAUAAAUAAAUAAAUUCAGUUUAAAUAGGUUUCUAGCCUAGGACCAAGCUACAGGUUGGAUGAGAAUGGGAUGCUUUGGCUUAUGGAACUGGUCAUUUCUGAGUGAUGGGUUAUCAUUGUUCCUGUUCUUAAUUCAGCUGUGGUUUUAACAAACUACCUCACUGCAGUUGAUCCUGAACCUCAAGGGGGCCAAGCAUAGAAGAGGAAACAAUCAUUCAGAGGAAUUUAUAGAAAUAAAAAGUGCUUACUCUAUUGCAUUAUGAGCAUUGGGUGGAAUGAUAUUUUUUUCUUUUUUAAGUGGUAAAUUUUCUGUGACUGGUAAUAACUAUAAAUUAAAAUUUUUUUGACUUCAAA